AUGUUUCAUUUCGAAUGCUUAAUUCAGUAUUGGACCGAAUUCACGAAAGUGAUCCAGCUUUGUGAACAAAUAUCUGAUACAAUUCCGUUGUAUCCGCUGCAAAAUACUGAUGAAAUCAAAUACUUUCUAAGGCCAAUUGAUCCUCCAAAGUUCAAUGAACCGUGCAAUAUUGUGACAUUGGGUAUUGGUCACGAUGUUACUUCUGAAUGGAAACUCAAAAACAUUCUACCUGAGCAUUGCCAGUUUUACGGUGUUGAUCCAUCUGAGGAACAAAACAGACGUUUAUAUGAAGGGCUCAGAGGGAAAUUCUUUCCCAUCGCCGUUGCUGAUAAAACUCACAAUAGAACAUCGUUUUUAAUGAAUUGUAAGUUUACUGUUAAGCACAAUAUUCUUUUGCGUUCCCCAUAUCGUUUCAAUUCUCAAACCAUAUGGUAUGGUUUCACAAAAGUACAUCGCGCUUUAAUCAAAUUUUGUUUGGCCGUACGAAACUUUAUCGCGACAUCAUUUAAUGCCAUAUCGCAUGCAAUAUGCUCAAGAAGGAAGAAAACUUUCAACACUAGUUGGCCGUAUUUGCACAGUUAUACUUGA